AUGGUUGAAGCAUCUAAACCCGUUAUUAUGCUUGUGCCUGGCAUGCUUUUACGCGCCGCACAUUACAGGAAAGUUGUUGAACUCCUGCGGCAACAGGGCUAUGAGGUUUUCAUUCUGGCACUAGCCACAUCAGCAGACGCAGAUAUUAACACUGCCCUUGACAUGACUGAUGACCACCGUGCCUUGCAAGAAGUUUUGCUGCCAGUACUAGACCAAGGCAAAAAAGUGGUGAUUGUGGCACAUAGCUACGGAAAUCUUCCCGCUUCAACGGCCGUGAUAGGCCAUUCCACUGCCGAGCGCAGUGCCAGGGGAUUGAAAGGAGGCGUUGAAGCGCUCAUCACAGUAGCCGGCUAUGCCUUUCCUGCACGAGGGAAAAGCUUUAUGAAUGACGAUAAUGAUCCUCCUAUAGCGUCUUGGAUCACUGUGUCUGACGGCAUACUCCAACUCAAAGACUCGUCUAAAUCCAUUAUGUUCAAUGACCUCACUGACCAUGAAGCCAAUGAAGCAUGGCUAUUGCUGUUCAAACAACAGACGUGGAAAUCCAUGUGCGCUUUUCCGGAGUAUAUCACAGCCGAUGUCACUGUUCCGAAGACAUAUGUUAUUUGCGAGAAGGACCAGAUUAUCCCAGCACCAUACCAGGACGUGAUAGUUCAAUAUGGAAAGUAUGAUCAUGUUGUGCGCUUGCCAUCUGGACAUAUACCGUUUUUGAGUGUACCAGAUAAAGUGCUUGAAGUUAUCGUGGAGGUUGCAGCAAAGAUCUAA